AAAAGAUUCCUUCUUUUUUUGUUCUAUCCACACUGUUUGUUGCAUGUAACAAACAAACUCAUUGCUCAACUUUCUUCAUUCUUAUCUUCCAUGGCUUCAGAUUCCAAUUCAAAUCUUAGAAUCACCAUUGAAAGAAAUCCAUCUCAGUCACGUUUAGCUGAAUUGAACAUCAAGUGCUGGCCCAAAUGGGGUUGUUCACCAGGAAAGUAUCAGCUGAAAUUUGAUGCAGAAGAAACAUGCUAUUUAUUGAAAGGGAAAGUGAAGGCAUACACAAAAGGUUCAUCAGAUUUUGUAGAGUUUGGAGCUGGAGAUUUAGUGACAAUUCCUAAAGGACUGAGUUGUACAUGGGAUGUUUCUGUUGCUGUUGACAAGUACUACAAAUUUGAAUCAUCUUCUUAUAGUUCUUCUUCAUCGUUACCAUCAUGUUAGUAAUUACUCCAUUAGUAGUUGUAGUAAGUAAUGUUGUAUUGAAAUUAAAAUUAGUUUUAUAGUGUUUUGAUUCAAUUUUUGAGGUUGAAGAUGCUUCUGACAUUAUAUUUAUUAUAGUCAAAGAUAGAGUCAAAUGCAUGUUAUGUUCAAACCAUACGUGUUAUGUUAGAAUUUAAAACGCCGCUUUUAUUAUUCCUUUGACUGGUCAACGAUAUGGAUAUAGUAUAUAUUUAUUUUAUGUUUUUAUCAUCAUUCAAUUCAAUGAUAUUAAA